AAGAAGGAUUGGCCGGUGCUGCCGGUUGGCGUCAAGUUCGAUCCCACGGAUCAGGAGCUGAUCGAGCACCUUGAGGCCAAAGUGAGUGCAGACAGCGCAAGAUCUCACCCUCUCACCGAUUUGUUCAUACCAACCAUCGACAGCGAGCACGGCAUAUGCUACACCCAUCCUGAGAAUCUUCCAGGUAUCACACUGAGUGGCCUAAGCAAGCAUUUCUUCCAGCGCAAUUCUAGGGCGUUCAAAAGGGGCACGUGGACGCGUCGCAAGAUACAGUCGGAGUGCGGCAUGCACGCGAUGUGGCACAACACCGGCAACACCUUGCCGGUGAUGGUCAACGGGCGGCAGAUGGGCAGCAAAAAGCUGCUGGUGCUGCACACCAACAUGAACUUCGACCAGCAGAGGACCAACUGGGUGAUGCACCAGUACCACCUCGGGGACCUGGAGCAAGAGAAGGAGCGGGAGCUGGUCCUCUGCAAGAUUUUCUAC